GCCCCAUGACGCCAACCAAUGAAAUCCUUUCUCUUCACUCUAAAAGGAAGUAAACAGUGACCGAGAACAACUUUCACGUUAGUGUUUUUAUUUAGACAUUUUUAACAUAAUGGAACUACAAAUAUGACUAAUUGAACUGCUAAGCAUCAGAUACGUACCCCAAGUAGUCUUUAAUUCGCGUUGGAGACAGGACUUGGUUGAUUGGCGUUAUCUAGCUGACGCUAGCUAGCUGCUAAUAAUGGCUAACUGUAUGGUUUUUCACACUCAAAUAGCCUCCAUCAUGGAGGUGCUAGCGAAUGCAGCCGUGGCAGAGAUCUGUAAACUCGUAGACGACGACUAUGCAGUGUUUCGUUUGGAAGUAACUCAGAGACAGAAAGAAAACAGAGGAUUGCGGAGGAAACUACAGCUACUGGAACUGAAGGUGGCACGGGAGCGCGCCCUCCCCAGUCGUCCCAGUAGUGUAAAGGUCCUCGACCGAUACAGAGGAAUGGCAAGAGGUGAAGGACAUCUCACUGGAGGCCACAGGAACUUUGUGAAGCCAGUGGGCCACAAUACAUGGAGAAAUGACCAACCCGUAGCUGUAGAUGAAGGGAGUGGAACCUCAACCCAGCACGUUAUCGUAAUAGAGUCUGCAGAUGCAGAGGCUGCAGGUUCUGAGGUCGAGCAGGAGAGAUCUGAAGGAGAGGAGGACCCACGGCACAGCAGAGACAUCCAGACUGGAGCAGCUGGAGUGCCCUAUGAAGCUACAGAGGACCCCACCACCGCUGCUCACGAGCCAAAGAACCGACGCAGCAUCACGGAGGUCAGUGGAAGGCCGGACACCAUCCUCAAGUCAGAGACAGACACCAAGACUUUAAUUGUAACACAAAGGCUCUUACACACAGGAUCUGACCAAUUAUCAGAUCCAAAGAGACUGGGGCUGGAGCCACUGGACUGUCCUCCUGCUCCCAGCUCAGAGUAUUUACCGUUAUUUAACCAGAGCAAGAGGCCUGCUCAUUCCCGUGGAGAUGGUGAAACAUUAGACACUGGUGGUGAUGAUCCGUCUUGUUCUUACGCUACAGAGAUGGACCCUGGCAACAUAUCCUUGGGUUUAGAGAGACAGACUGAUCUGUCUAGAGGGGACUGGAACCGGUAUAGUAGUAGUGUAUACUCUGAAGGGUGCCUAGAUAAGAAAGGGGAGGUUAUAGUCGUAGAUGAGGUGACUGUGAAAGUGGAGGGCGACACAUCUCUGACAUGGAAUGCAGACGAGACUCACUUUUUUGAAGGACACUCGCAGGGCAACACCAAUAACUUCUUAGACUACAGGGAAAGCUUAGAGACAAAUCUAAAUGUUGCAACCCACUCCCCUUUACACGCAUUCAGGGAUCGCAACUCAGUGUCCACGUCAAUGGCACCUCCCGAUUCAGACGGCCACAUCCUUUUCGAUCAGAUAUUGAACUCAAAUAACAGGGCUAGAGCCCAGGCCCAGGGAAGGGGAGCAAUAUCAGGCGGUAGUAAAGAAAAACGGUUCCUCUGCAUGUUCUGUAACAAAGGCUUCAGCUGCUCCCAGAAGGUGGAGAUCCACCAGAGGGUCCACACAGGGGAAAAACCCUACAGCUGUACCCAGUGUCACAUGCGCUUCACCCAGGCUGGUGACCUGAAGAGGCAUCAAAGGGUCCACACAGGGGAGAAACCUUACAGCUGCCCCCAGUGUGAGAAGAGGUUCUCUCGCCACCACCAUUUGAAGAUGCACUUGAAGGUCCACACGGGAGAGAGGCCGUUCGUCUGAACGCACUGCAGGUAGAGGUUCUCAGAAAGGAGCUACCUUAGGAUACACCAGCAGAAAAACCAUUCCACUCUAUAACAUAGCUUAUGACGUUUAGAUCAAACCCUGUAUUUAAAGGAAAAUUGUUUUUAUUUAUUUUUUUCUGCAGAAAAGACCCACCGAUGCAUUUGUAAUAACGAGAGUAACAGAUUUCAGUGUUGAAUAUUCCUUGGUAGAAUAUUGCAUCAGCAGAAAAAACAUUCCACUCUAUAACAUAGGAAGUAAACAUUCCACUCGAUCACUUCUGACGUUUUGACAAACCCUGCAUUAUAGACAAAGAUUAAUUUGAAUUGUUGUCAGUAGAAAAGAUCCACAGAUGCAUUUGGAAUAAUGAGAGUAACAGAUUUCAGUGUUGAAUAUUCCUGGGUAAAAUAUUUCAUCCACACAUUGUGGAAUUUCUAAGGCAUAUAUAAGCCUAUCAAGUCUGUUACUUAUUGUGUUUGUCCUGUGUCGGCUAUAUGUUGUUCACAAAUGCCUAUUUCAUUACUUCCAUUCAACUACUUAAUUUUUUCCCAAAGACUCUUUUUAAAGAGAAAAUGUUCAUGCUGAUUUUUAGUUGAGACAUUUGUAUAUGUGGUGUAUUUAAAACUUGUUUGUUUAAUAAACACAAAAUGGGACUUUUCA